GACUUCUUGGCUUUGAAUUCUGAUGGAUAAUAAUCUAAUAAGCGUCGUUAUUAUAUCCUCAAUCUUUCACAAGAAAUGUUGCUUCCAUAGUCAAAGGUUGUGGUUUCCUUUAGAGCAAGUAAAAUGGCUGGCUCGAAUAAUGGCAGAAGUCGGCUAGAUGAUAGUUCCGAAUAUGAUAGGAAAAGUGAAGUUCAAGCCUUUGAUGAUUCGAAGGUUGGUGUCAAGGGAAUUUUGGAUGCUGGUGUUACAAAGUUACCGCGUAUGUUCUUGCACAACCAGCCUGUGAUUGAAAAUAAAUUGGACUCCGAUGCAGCUACUAAGUUUAGCAUUCCAGUCAUAGAUUUUGAAGGUCUGAGAAAAAAUGCAGCUCAGCGAGCUGAUAUUGUUCAAGAAAUAAGGGAUGCUUGUGAAAACUGGGGAUUUUUCCAGAUUGUCCACCAUGAAAUCCCAUCAAGUGUUAUGGAGGAGGUACUAGAAGGUGUUCGCCAUUUUCAUGAGCAGGAUACUGAGGUGAAGAAAGAGUUCUACUCCCGUGAUGUUACGAGAAAGUUCACCUACAAUACCAAUUAUGAUCUACACAAAGCACCAACCGCUAACUGGAGGGACACCUUUUACUGUGUCAUGGCUCCUAAUCCUCCCAAUCCAAAAGAAAUUCCAAAGGUUUGCAGAGACGUUAUGUUCAAAUACAUGGAGUAUGUGAUGAAACUGGGGCUUACUCUAUAUGAGCUACUCUCUGAAGCUCUAGGACUUGAACCAAAUCACUUGAAAGACAUAGAAUGUGCGAAGGGGCUUUUCAUAGCUGGCCAUUAUUAUCCGGCAUGCCCUGAACCAGAUUUCACUUUAGGUCUAAGCGAUCACACCGAUAGCGGAUUCUUGACUAUUUUAUUACAGGAUCAAAUUGGUGGCCUCCAAGUCUUCCAUAAAAAUCACUGGAUUGAUGUUCCUUUCAUGCGUGGAGCUGUAAUAGUGAACAUUGGAGACUUAAUGCAGCUGAUCACAAAUGAUAAGUUCAAAAGCGUUCAUCACAGAGUGCUGGCUAAAAAUGCCGGACCAAGAAUUUCAGUGGCAAGUCUUUUCAGAAUGCAGUUUCAAGAAGGCAGUGAAUCAAGACUGUAUGGGCCAAUCAAGGAGUUGUUAUCAGAAGAAAAUCCUCCAAAGUACCGGGAACCAAGCAGAAAAGAUUAUAUCGCUUAUCUAUACAACAAAGGGCUCGAUGGAACUUCUUUGCUGUCACAAUAUUUCAAAUUACAGAAAUAGUAACCGGCUCAGUAGAAAUGUUUCAUAAUCUUCCUAGGGUUUUACUCUUUGGCUGUGUUGUUCUGCUUGUGAGUUCACUUGAAAUUCUUGUUUCUAUUCUGUAUAUACUGAAAGUGUUGUUCAUCUAAUGAAAUUUAGAAGAGUGGUUUCUUGAACACAAAAAAUGUCGAAAAAUAUGUUAAGAGUUAUACAUUGUCAAUAAUUUUUAGCCUUCUGAGUUGUAACCAGAUCAAAUGACAUGAUCUUCAUUUUAGCU